AUGGCUGGAAUACCUUUUGGGCAAGAAGACCUUGAUCCCAACUGGGGUGAUAACCUGCUCUGGGGAAUUACAGAUGAUCUUUAUUGUAGUUGUGGAGAUGAUGAAGAGUGGUUUUACGUGCAGGCUGCAAAUAUCACUGAGUUGGGAUUCAUACCCGUUUAA